UUGUAAAUGAAGUUCUCAUGUGAGACUUCCUUUAAAAUUGGCUGUCAAUUGUCAUUACUUACUCUGUGGGUGUUUGUACACUAUGGUUUGACAUUACUCUAUAAUUAAAAAGAUCACUUGCUGCGUCACGUGCGACUAAGAAAUAAGGAGGUUAUACCAAUUGAAUUAAAAUUGUAAAACAAUAGCUUUAAAUGUUGUUUCUCUCUUUCAGAGCAACACGCUUCUAUUGUUUUUCUUUUCAUCAUCAGGUAGUCAUUACCACCUAAAUUAAAUAAGAACAUUAUAAAACAACAUUUGUACAGCUAGUGUUCAAUCAUAAAUAAUGGAUAAAUUAAAAUUUGAAUUCAUGGUCAAGGCCAGUGAAGAUAUUAAAACAAAUAUAAUUUGUGUAACGAAAAUAACGGAUUUAGAGGGCAGAACCUUUGCCAUCCCAGAUAAAUUACAACCUGUUAGACUGCAUGAGGCUAUAGCACAGACCCAAAUAUUUCAAAAAGUGAAGGCUACAUUACAAAGACGACAUGAGAAACGACAAGUAUGGGUAUCCAUGAAACCGGAGAUGAAGAUGGUUUAUUGUGAUGAAGAUGGUAAUAAACAAUUUAUGGGAUAUUUACUGGAGGAGCAAACAGAACCACCAUCUGCUACAUCAGGAAUUUCCGAAGAAUCACUAUCAAGGAUCAUUGAGGGCUUCGCUGAAAUGAAAAAAGAUAAACCAAAACCAGUUAACAGAUUGGCAGAAAAAUUUGUUAUUGAAAAAUUCAAUAGCAAAAUAACUAAUGUGUCUCAGUGGAUGAAUACUUUUGAAGCGGAAUGUGCACGAAUGGAAAUAGAAGAUAGCAGAAAAAUUGAAAUUUUUAGGUUAUUUAUAGAAGAUUCUUGUUUAGACUGGUAUAGUUCCAUGCUUAUAAAGCACACCAUAAAUUCAGAAUGGGCAGUGUGGAAAAUAAACUUUUGUGAUACUUUUGCAGAUAGGGGUUGGUCACCGAUCAGGUAUGCAAUGUUAUAUAAAUACAGGCAGGGCUCGUUACUGGAAUAUGCGUUAAAAAAAGAAAAACUACUGUUAGAAAUAAAUAAAUCCAUAGAUAAAAUCACUCUAAUUGAUCUGAUUGCCACUGGAUCACCUAGUUUUAUUGCGGAUAAUAUUGAUAGGAAUAGUUUAAAAGAAAUUAAAGACCUAUUUAAUAGUAUAAGAAGAUUAGACAAUAAGGUAAACAUAAAAUCAUUUGAUAAAAAGAUAGGACCUCUGGAAAAUAAACUAAAAGAGAAAAAUGUAAAACCUAUGAUUAGUCCAUGUAAAAUUUGUGAAAAAGAGAAUAAAGGCAUACGUUACCACCCUGAAUCCCAAUGUUGGUUCAAAAUUAAAAAUAAUGACAGGCCAAAGAAAGAUUAUAUAAGGAGCGUUAAUAAUUCAGAAUUAGAGACCGAAUUAAAUGAAAUUAACCCAAAAAACUGA